CGCCAAAAGACCAAAAAAGUGAAUGGUCCCCCCAGUGGCCCUCAAGUCUGUUGCGAGAGACAGACGUUGUGAAAGAUAAUAAGAAUCGGCCAUCAUAUCCAAAAUCAUUUGAGACAACGCCUUCGCUUGGUCAACUCCCUAGUUUCGACGAUUGUUCUGAAUCGCCAUGGAAGAAGCUCAGUUACCAAUCAACAGUGAAGGAAACCCUAUUCGAUGCAAAGCCGCCGUCUGUCGGAAUCCCGGCGAGCCGUUAGUGAUUGAGGAGAUCUUUGUGGCGCCGCCGAUGUCUCGUGAAGUUCGGGUUCGGAUCAUCUGCACCUCUCUCUGUCACAGUGACCUCACGUUCUGGAAGAUGAAGGAUCCUCCUGGAGUGUUUCCAAGGAUUCUGGGCCACGAGGCUGUGGGGGUUGUGGAAAGUGUAGGAGAAGGAGUGAGUGAAGUGGAGAAAGGAGAUAUGGUGGUUCCAGUGUUCAUGCCACAAUGUGAAGAGUGUGCGGAUUGCAAGUCUAAGAAGAGCAACCUAUGUUCAAAGGUGCCAUUCAGGAUGAGUGCUUGGAUGCCAAGGCAUGAGAGCAGCAGAUUCACGGACCUGAAUGGCCAAACUAUUUACCAUUUCUUGUUUGUGUCCAGUUUCAGUCAAUACACAGUGGUUGAUGUUGCCAAUUUGACUAAGAUUGAUCAUCCCUCCUCUGUUGUUCCUCCCGACAGGGCUUGCCUCCUCAGUUGUGGUGUCUCCACUGGAGUAGGUGCUGCUUGGAAGACGGCAGAAGUGGAGGAAGGUUCCACGGUUGCCAUAUUUGGGCUUGGUUCCAUUGGAUUGGCAGUUGCAGAGGGAGCUAGACUAUGUGGAGCUGCUAGGAUUAUUGGAGUGGACUUGAACCCACAAAAAUUUGAAAUUGGAAAAAAGUUUGGAGUCACAGACUUCGUUAAUUCUGGCGAAUGUGGGGAGAAACCAGUUAGCCAGGUGAUUAGAGAGAUGACAGAUGGAGGGGCUGAUCAUUGCUUUGAGUGCGUUGGGAUGGCAUCGUUGGUCCAUGAAGCUUAUGCUUCUUGUCGAAAGGGUUGGGGAAAAACAAUAGUGGUCGGAGUUGACAAGUUAGGAUCUCGUUUGAGCUUUAGCUCAGCUGAAGUUCUUGGAAGUGGAAAAUGCCUUAUGGGAUGUUUAUUUGGAGGACUCAAACCCAAGUCUCAUAUUCCCAUUCUCCUCCAACGUUAUAUCAAUAAGGAACUACAACUGGAUGAUUUUGUCACACAUGAAAUGGAAUUGGAGGACAUAAAUAAGGCUUUUGAUCUACUGCAAGCAGGACAGUGUCUUCGAUGUGUGGUUUGGAUGGACAAGAAAUUGUGAAUAAUUAAAGAAUUUCAGACAUUUUUAUUUUCUGUAAUUACAUGGGCAAUCAUUCAAUAAAACAAACAAUGAAUGUUGAUUGUUCAGUAAUGCAAUGCACUUGCUGCCCUUUGUAAAAUGUUUGCUGAUUUGAAGCGUUUUACUAUAUAAUUGCAUCAUUUGGUAUCUAAACCAAUCUAAAUUCAAA